AUGUCCCACACAACAAAAGCAGUGAAUGGCACAAAGCGCUUCAAUGAUCAGGAUCUUACCGUAAUCGAGAAGUCAGACGCAGAACAAGAGGAAUUCCACAGAGUUGCCCAACAAAAUAACAAUUUCUCCAAGGAAGAGCUGUCUGCAUUGCGGAUCCAGAGUGCGGACGAAUUUGAAAGAUCCUUCGGCUCAACCCUAGCUGCCAAAGGCAAGUUUGAAGCGAGCCACCGUCAUGGAACUGGGCGCGCAGGGCGGGCUAUUCAGAAUGCUGGGGCGUCCGCGUAUGAAAUCCUACAAAAUAUGGAACCUAUUGUGGAAACUGUGAAAACGUUCGCAGCGCCCUAUGGUGGCAUUGCCAUUGGGACGAUUUCUUUUCUAGUCACAGUUGCCAGUUAUAGGGCUCGGACGGAACAGCUGAUCUGGGACACGCUGCUGCAAAUCCGAGAUAGGGCUGUUGGACUGAAACUCUUCCGCGACAUCUACCAUGAUGAUCAUGAGCUUGACGAACACCUACAGUCCAAGAUUGUUCAAGCGUAUAAUUGCUUCAUUAACUUUUGUAUGGAAGCUGCCAAAUACUACACGAAGAAAGGACUAAAACGAUGGGCCAAAGCGGCAUACGGAGCAACAGCUCUAGAUGACUAUGCAUCGAAAGUUCAAGAUGCCAUCCUUGAGGUUCGGUAUACGAGCGAGGAACUUCUCAUGAAAAAUGUAGAUACUAUCAAGAAAUUAAAUAUUGAUCAGGCACGAGAGAUUGAAACUCUGAAAGCUCAGCUUAAACAACUGCAGGAAGGCCACGAUAACGACAAGCUCGAUGAGAUUCAGGAGCUGCUGGAGCUCUCAACCUACUCCAGAGAGUCUGAGCUGGAUCGGUUGCGGACUUACCAGACGGACAUCAACUGGAGCUUUGAUUACGACUGGCCCACUACCUUGCAGCGGAUGCAGGGAUCCCAACUUAUGAAGUUCCAAACCGAAAAGGAGUUUCAUACGUGGCGGCACUCCGAUCAGUCGUCGAUGCUCAUUCUGGUGGGAUAUAAUAAUGAGCAAGUCUGUUUGUCCCCAGAUUGUUGGCUGUCACCUGUUGCACUCGAUAUGAUUACAAGUUCAAGCAAAGCUGAAGACUCUGAUCCUCGCGCCUUCUAUCUCGUUGGACAUCAUGAAUCGCGCCUUUCGACCCAGGUUCUAGCCUCCAUUCUAAUCCAGCUAUUGAGGCAGAAUAGUCAGGUGCUGCGGGACCAAAACAAGUACAAUGAGUUGUAUGCGGCAGCGAAAAAAUACAACCAGGCAGUCACCCUGCAAAAUGAAAACUGCAGGCAAAAAUCUGGUAGAAAGUCCAAUAAACUGCUGCAAGACGUGGCCCGUCAUGUUCUGAAUCUGUUCGACUCGCACCAUACAAUCUGGAUUAUUCUCGAUCGCGUGGAUCAGUGCAGGUCAGAACGGGAAACAUACCAUCGGAAAUCGCUGAUGAAGACAUUGGUCUAUUUGGUUGAGAAAGUGGAAGUCCGAGUGAAGGUGCUGGCUGUCGUUAACGGCUACGACUGGAAAUUGGAUGACCAGACUGACGAACUCGAUUGCUCUAAUCCUUCGAGGGUGGUUUUUCGCACAAUUCACCAACAGGAAACUGAUGGCUAG